AUGAACGGCACCGCCGGCGACGCGCCUUCGCCGCCGGCCGAUGUCGAGACCGACACCCGCCAGCUGAUCGGCGUCUGCCUCGCGCUCAGCGGGAACCUGCUCGUCUCAGUCGCGCUCAACAUCACAAAACACGCUCACAACCUGAACCAGCGCGCGGCAAAGCCGCAGCCGUACGUCAAGCUGCCCCUCUGGUGGACUGGCUUCGUCUCCACCAUCGUGGGCGAGCUCGGCAACUUUGCGGCGUACGGCUUUGCCGACGCGUCGGUGAUUGCGCCGCUCGGAGCCAUCUCCGUGCUGUCCAACGCGUUUAUCGCGGCCCUCGUGCUCGGGGAGGGCCUGCGCUGCCGCGACCUCAUCGGCUGCUGCCUCUGCAUCGCCGGCGGCGCCGUCAUCGUCGCGUCUUGCUCGACGCACGACUUGCAGGACAAGUAUGGCCACGCUCACGUCGGCUACUACGUCCUGCUCUGCUCCAUGUUGGGCGCG